CCUCUUUUCAAUCUCUUAGCUCGUCGGAUCUGUUCCGAUUUCAUUCGUUUUUGUUUCGAUUCAUCCGAUCUUUCGAUAAUAGUCACUGAAUCGUUUCUUUUUGCAGGCGACCUCACCGAUCUGUUCAUAACUUGCUACCGUUGCUUUAUUGAUUCACCAUGGCGGACGAGGAGCCUGUUGAUCAGAAGAAGUACUUUGAAGAAAGCUGCAAGCCAAAAUGUGUGAGGCAGCUACUUCACUACAAGGAUUGUGUUAAAAGGGUUGAAGGUGAUACUAGUGGUCACAAACACUGUACUGGACAAUAUUUUGACCUAUGGUCAUGUGUUGAUCAAUGUGUUGCGCCCAGGCUGUUUGAGAAGCUUAAGUGACCCAUUUACCUUGUGGGUGUCCAAUAGAGUUCCUGCAGAGAACUGCAGUGAUGAUUGUUUCGUAAUACUUCCUUAAACUUUGUUAAGUUUUUGAAAUUUGAAUAGCUUGCAACUAAUAAUAUGGAAUGCUAAUAAGAUUCCAUG